AAUAAAUAAAUAAGAAAGGGGUAUUACAAUCAAUAGAUUGCCUUAGAAAAUAAAUAAGCUAAUAAUAAUACAUCAAUUAAUGAUCAUAAUUAGAGCAUGAUUUAAAACUCAUCCAUGAAUGAAACAGUUUCAGAAGAUGAAGAGAUAUAAUUUGAGUUUCCAUCAAAUGAUUAAGGCGAGAAAAUUAAUAGUGAAGAAGAAUAGCUUAAUAUAACAGAAAGAGAGAAUAUAUAAGAAGAUUUUAUUGAAAGCGAUGCUGAGAGAAAAACCGAUGUCAUUAAAACUGAAGAAUUUGAAUAUUAUUAUGAAUACAUUUACGAAGAAACAAUUGCUAACAAUAUUGCUGAAGAAAACCUGAUAGCCUAGGAGGAUUCUUAACUUGAUUUUAUGGACUAAAUAAUCUAAACAGAUUAAAAUCAAUAAGAAUAAUAGUAACCUCAGAAUGAAAGUUUAUUAAAUAUAUCAGACUCCAAUAUAAAAUAGGAUUCAUAAUAGAGCGCUGGAGAUUCAAACGAAAACUCUUAAGAUUCUGGUUAAUAAAAUGCAUAAUUAAAUUAAACUAUGACUCAAAAUGCUCAAGAAGUUGAGGAAGUAGAAAAUUUACAAAGUUAAGAAGAAGAAAAUUAGAAAUUUGUGGAAGAAGAAAAUUAUUAUAUAAUUGUAGAAGAGGAAGAAUAAGAAGUAGAAGUCGUCAUUCACAAAGAGAAUGAAGAACAAUCUUAAGCAAUAUAAAAUGAGAUUAUUAAUAACAAUGAUGAAUAAAUUAUUGCAGACCCAAUAGCACCUGAAUUCAAUAGAAUAAAUUAAUCUAUCAAUUAAGAACAAAAUUAUUCAUAAACAAUUUAUUCUAAUUAAACAAAACCCUCUUAAUAAUACUCAAACUAAAUUCUAAGUCUAUAUUUUGAUUUAAUAUGUUAUAAGGAUCAAAAAAUUAUUGAAUAGGAAGAUAUGACUUCAUCUAGCAUAUCAGAAACAUAUAUCCCGACUUAAAACAUUAAUCCAAUAUUAUUGGUUCAUACUAUAAUAUUAACUAUAAUGCUUAUUUUAAUUUCUAUCACUGAUAAACAAAAUAUAAAAAUAAAAAAAGAACCGAUUCAACCUACAAGCGUGUCAGAAUUAUCUGAAUUGAAUGAGUAUAUGGCCAUGAUGAUUAAUGGAUUAGAAUAAUAAUAUAAUCUGAUAUCAUAAAGUUAAGAGCAAUUAGCAUAUUAACUAGAACUUUUAGAGUAAUGAAG